AUGACACAGUCAUCGGGUGCACCACCCCCUCCCCCGCCGCCACCCCCUCCCCCUCUGCUCAUCAAUUUCAGCUCCGAUAAAGUCAUCUCAGAUAUGAAAGACGUUUCGUCGCCAGAUUCGCGACAAAACCUCUUGAAAGACAUCCGAAAGGGAACUAAUCUGAAGAAAGUGGACGCAAACCAAACAAUUGCCACAAAACCUAUGGAUCACUCAUACGAAGAGCCAAAGAGUGAGCCGAAGGGUCUUAUCAUGACUUCACUGAACACUGAAUUACAAAAGUUUAUGAGACAAAGAAGUCAGGAGACGAUGACCUAUGGCUCCAGAGGCGGUCCACAGAGUUAUUAUCGUUGGAAUAAUCCCAUGAAUGAGAAGAACAACUCCAUCCUCAACGAAAGGACUCGUUUCAAGAGCCAUAUCCCGCCGCCCGUCUCGCCCGCCAGACCCCCACCCCUUACUGUCCAGGAUUUCAUCGAUUACAGCGACUCCAAGAACUUGAUCGUCGAGUCUAUGGAUGAAAUUGACUCCGAUUUCAGUGAUGGAGACGAGGAAGAGGUGGACACACCAGACAUGGAAAGGGGUGAUGGCCUGCAGCUAAUGGAAAGACACCGAAAUUCAGUGCCAAUGAAUGUCACCCUAUCUGAUGGCAAUAACCACAUCCCUAUCAUCCAUAAUAAGUCCCAAACCAUUAUCACUGAUAUCUUUCAUAUGGUUCACAAAUAA